AUGAUGAAAUCUGAUGAUCGUAGUGUUUAUAAGCAGAUAUUUUGUGAACUUAUCAAGCAAACGAUUCCUGAAAAUCCCCAAACUUUUGGUUGUCUUGAGGUGGAACCAUCUUCGAGACCUUCGUCGGAUGUGGACAAAGAGUACAGUACUGAUGGCGACGAUAAAAUCAUUACACUGUUGUGUGCGGCCUCCAUGCCGUUAGAGCACGAGGCUAAGGUGGACAAAUCAGAAAAGGAGGAACCUAGGAUCAAUUACUUCCGUGGAACCAGUAGUACAAACCCGAAUCAGGAUUCUGAGUCUUCUAGCGUUAGAGGUCGGUCCAAGAAUAAACGUCCCAUUGACGUGGAAGAGAGAAGCCGCAAGAAACGUAAAGUUGUUCGUGCUUUAGAGGUGGAACCGAUUCAAAUGAUUCCACCGGAGUGGCUUUUGAACGUGAUGAGGAGAGAAGAGAAUGGCUACAAUCCGAAGCUGAUCUCAACUAGGAAACUGUAUCAGACUGAUCUCGACAUACUUCAAGCACGCCUCUCUGUCCCUUUUAGACAAGUGAAAACUCCAGACUUUUUGACAGAGCAGGAGACAAUGAUCAUACAUGAGAAUGCCAUGAAGACUCGUGAAGAAGGUGUGAGUGUGGAUUUAGUGGAUCCUGAGAUGAAGAAGCAUGCCCUUGAAUUGAGGAAGUGGAAGAUGAGUGGAAACUGGAACUAUGUCUUAUGUAAAGGUUGGAAAGAUGUGGUUUCUGCCAACAGGUUUGAGGUUAACGACGUCUUUCCUCUCUGGUCUUUCCGAUCUGGAAAAGGGAAACUCUGUUUUGCUCUCGUCCCUUCUCAGCCGAAUAAUUCCAGCUACGGCAGCGGGAACUCUCUUACUGGCGGCGAUGGCGCUUCUUCUUCCGGUGAAUCUGGUCAGGUACCAUUACCCGUUAAUCCUCCUUUGCCUCCGGCAAGAGAUUCUAGCCACUCCAGCCAAGGCUUUUCAGGAGAGAGCAGCUCUAGUUCUCCCUAA